AUUUUUAGCUCACAUACUAUUUUGUUUGUAACACCUCAAAGCUGAAAAUGAUAUUUAAUAUCAUUAAUGAAGUCAGGCGUACACAAAAACAUAAAUAUUGUUAGAUAUUGUAAAGUACUUACAUGUGCAUCUGUUAACCUCCAAAAUGAAAGUUCAUUACUUUAAUUUUUUUUCAGAAUAAUAAAACAAAAUGUUGAACCUAUCUCUGAACAUCCUUCUUUAUGGAGGCUUUAUGGCAUCGAUAUGUGCUCGAUCCAUUGAUUUUUACGCAUCUGCCGAUGGUCCAUUGAAGCGUUCUAUGGAGGAUGUCUAUGCAUCUGCCGAUGGCCCAAUCAAACGUUCUAUGGAGGAUGAUGUCUACGCAUCUGCUGAUGGUCCAUUGAAGCGUUCUAUGGAGGAUGAUGUCUACGCAUCUGCCGAUGGUCCAUUGAAGCGUUCUAUGGAGGAUGUCUACGCAUCUGCCGAUGGCCCAAUCAAACGUUCUAUGGAUGAUGUCUACGCAUCUGCUGAUGGUCCAUUGAAGCGUUCUAUGGAGGAUGAUGUCUACUCAUCUGCUGAUGGUCCAUUGAAGCGUUCUAUGGAGGAUGUCUACGCAUCUGCCGAUGGUUCAAUCAAACGUUCUAUGGAGGAUGAUGUCUACGUAUCUGCUGAUGGUCCAUUGAAGCGUUCUAUGGAGGAAGUCUAUGCAUCUGCCGAUGGCCCAAUCAAACGUUCUAUGGAGGAUGAUGUCUACGCAUCUGCCGAUGGCCCAAUCAAACGUUCUAUGGAGGAUGAUGUCUACGCAUCUGCUGAUGGUCCAUUGAAGCGUUCUAUGCAGGAUGUCUACGCAUCUGCCGAUGGCCCAAUCAAACGUUCUAUGGAGGAUGAUGUCUACGCAUCUGCUGAUGGUCCAUUAAAGCGUUCUAUGGAGGAUGAUGUCUACGCAUCUGCUGAUGGUCCAUUAAAGCGUUCUAUGGAGGAUGAUGUCUACGCAUCUGCUGAUGGUCCAUUGAAGCGUUCUAUGGAGGAUGUCUAUGCAUCUGCCUAUGGCCCAAUCAAACGUUCUAUGGAGGAUGAUGUCUACGCAUCUGCUGAUGGUCCACUGAAGCGUUCUAUGAAGGACGAUGUCUACGCAUCUGCUGAUGGUCCAUUGAAACGUUCUAUGGAAGAUGAUGUCUAUGCAUCAUUUUAAUUUGGAUUGAUGAUCAAUAUGGAUAUACUCAGUAUAUGAAUAAUAAUAAUUUUUUUUUUUAAUAAUCAUUUAUUUCAUAUAUGUACUAUACAUACAAUAAUACAGUGGUAAAGUUUGACUAGGUUACAAGUAACAUUAUUGUCAAACUGAAAACCUAAACAUAGUUUCAAUCAUAAUAUUUACUUUUUACAAAGAAAGAUUCAUUAUUUUAUUUAAAAUGGUCAAGUUUUGUGCUUAAUAUGUAGAGUUUGGUUACGGGUCCAGUAGGUCUUUGGUGGAUUGCAAAAAUGACACACUUGCUUUUAUUAUUAAAAUAUGAGUAUAAUGAUCAAAAUCAGGGUGACCAAAUAAAAGCAUGUCUAUUUUAACAGAAGAAUUACAAUCUAAAAAUGCACUUAAGGAUGUUCCCUGGUCAGAUAGGAAAAUAUUCAAUAGUAUUUAACUUUUUCUCAAAAAUGGUUUUCUGGGAUUCUCACGGGCAACAAAGAAUAUUAAAACUUUAAAAACCAUAUGUUAGUGUGCUUUUUUCUGAGCAAGAGGCCUCUAAAGUGUCAAUAUUUGACAAAAGUGGGCGUGGCACUUUCUCAUUGAAACCCAUGUUAAAAAUCAGGUUUUCACCCCAAAACACACUUUUGAAUAUUUAACUUUUUCUUAAACUCACAGAAACACUUAGUUAUGCUAUGUACUUCACAUUUUGAAAAGAAAAAUUAGGGGUUGGUGUUCAUCGUUUUCAACUUCGUCCAGGGAACAUCCUUAAGCAAUCCGCCAUAUGGAGAUCUCUAAGGAGUUUACAUCUUGGGUUAAUGUACAGAGGGCACUGUAGAAAAAAGUGUUUGGGUGUUUCAGAGUGAUGAGCACAGGCACAUUCUGGUGAAGGCACAUUGUUAAAAUUAUGUGCAAAAAGCUGGCUUUUCAAGUAAAGAUCUACCCUGAGUCUAUUAAAUGAGACUUCAUUUUUUCUUUAAACAUUACUAUAAGUUAUGAAAUUAGUACCAUUGAAAUUUUCAAAAUGUGCCUUGAUCCUACGUUUAAAAAUUGAAAUUCGCUCACAAUUUCUUAUAUCAUCAGGUAAAGUGUUCCAAGUUUCAAUUGCUGCGUAGAAAGUGGAUUUCUCAAACCUUUUACUUAUAUCUAAAGGAAUAUUAUAUUCUCUGAAAGCUCUUAGAGUUUGAGUUGGAAUAUUUCUGCAACCAUUGAAAACCUGACUUACAUAUGGUGCUAUUAAAUUAUGUCUGCUUUUGAAAAGAAAAGUACAUAAAUGAGAUUUUCUUCUAUCUGGUAGCUUUGUCCAAUUUAAAAUAUCUAACACCUUCUCAGUGCUAGAGCCGUGCAAAGCUGAUGCAAGGUCCAAAAAGAUUUUACGGACAUUGUUACCAUUAUUUAAUUCCUCGUGGAUACAAUGAAUUAUAUAGGCAAGUUGAGAUGUGGUAUUAUGUAAAGGGAGAAAACCAGAUUGAAGGUCAUAGAAAAGAUUAUUUUGACUCAUGUGAUUAAAGAUUCUAUUGUAAAGUACUUUUUCUAAGAUUUUGGACAUUGAAUUUAAAAUUGUUAUUGGUUUAUAGUUUUCGAUGUUUGAUUUAUCUUUCUUUUUAUGGAGAGGUAUUAUGAUGCCCUCUUUCC